AUGAGUGCUAAAGUUGUGAUUCUCUUCCUCUGUUUUCUGAGGAUUGUGCUGUGUGAUCAACAGGCACAGGAACAACUCCAAACGGAUUCUUAUUUAAGUGCUCUGCAUGAAUCUCACACAACAGGAGCAGGUGUUCGAUCACCUCGAGAUGAUCUCAGCCCCGGAUAUGAACCAGUCAAACCAAUUUAUGGCCCACCAACUUCCUACGGACCCUCAGCUCCAGUUUAUGGUCCACCAAGUGCUUAUGGACCUCCCACGGGAUACUUCAGACAUGGUCCCCCUAAAUACUAUGCUGUUCAGCAUCAUCGAACACCGAGAGAUUGGCUUCUGGACAAACUCCACUUCAAGCUCGAUCUUGUGACGAUCGGCAAAAUUAUUCUGAAGCUGAUCAUCUUCAAGAAGAUCGUUAAGUUCAUUGCCAUUCUCUGCCUUUUGCUAUUCCUGCCUAAAUUGAACAUGAUGGGAUCUUCGUCAUCUUCCUCAGACCACGAUAAUAACCAUGAUCAUGAUCAUGACUAUGACACCAGGAUAAAUGAACUGACAUCCUUCGUCCUGACAUCCAUUGAUGCCUUUACCAAGAAAGAGGUGAAAUGUCCACAGAAUAGUGGGGAAAUGUUCUGCCGUCUCAACAGAAUGCUCUCCACAAUCGACACAAAGUAUCCGCUAAAGAGAAUUUUCAGAUACUACAAAUCAUCAGGUCAGUCAGUAGACACUGACAAACUUCCGCUCUCUAGCACACUCGAGAGUGCCACAGUGGACAGUGGGACAGAAAAUUAGUGAAUUAUGCACGUAGAAUAUUUUAUUGGAUCAUCGCACGACCAAAUCUCAUGACACACAACUUUGUACAAUUGCGUGCAAUUAGCAUUCUUAUCGUGAUUCCGGCCACAAUACUCAAAUUGACACUGAGCCUAUAGAAUGCCCAAUUCAUGGUAGAAAGUUUUUAUACACAUUCCACAAGUCUCUCACCUAUUUAUUUAUUUAUUUUAA